CAGGUGAUCUGCACCGAUACCCAGUGCUACAGGCAUGGCUGUCUCAGUGCUGCGGCUGACAAUUGUCCUAGGACUACUUGUCUUCAUCCUGACUUGCCAGGCUGAUGACAAACCAGAUGACAAGCCAGAUGACUCAGACAAAAACCCACAGCCAGAAUUCCCAAAAUUCCUCAACCUCUUGGGCACAGAGAUCAUUGAGAAUGCAGUGGAGUUCAUCCUCCGCUCCAUGACUAGAAGCACAGGAUUUAUGGAAUUUGAUGAUAAACGAGGAGAGCAUUCAGCAAAGUGACUUCCCCAGGACACACCCACACGGCUCCAGUAUAACCCAAGGGCAGCCAAUCCUGCUUUUCCAGUUCUGCUUCCUGAGUCCUCCCGAACAGAGGCCCCAAAAGCAGCUCCAAGCAAGUUCUCAGGAUUCAGGACCUGGUUCAACCAAACACAUCUUAUUUUGAACAUCCUGACUUUGCAUUCUUGCCUCUAGAAGUUAGAAUGAAUGUGUCUGCUUAGGGGUCCCAUAUUCUACAUAACUGAGAAGAUUUUUAUUGGCAGUAGUAGUAAUUUUCCUGGGCAUAUUUAAAGUUUUUAAUGAUGCCAAAAAAUAUACAAAAGUUAUUAUUAGGCAGAAAAACCAAAGAAUGGUUCAAAAUAAGGAAGCUAAAGCCCAGAUAAAGUAACAAGUCGAAAGUCACAGAUUUAGGAAAUGACAGGAAGGGAAUCUGACUUGACUCCAAAGAACAAACUCUUAACCCAUAAAAAUGUAUGAAGUUUGAGAGUUAAAAGCUUCAUACAUUCUUUUUGGAAAGUCUUUCAAAUACAUCUGAGCUCCCUCUCCUGGGCUGGGUAAACUAAAAACCAACCAUUUUUCAAAUUAAUAAGCUUAUUACUGUUCCAGACAGUCUUCAUUAUUCUUACAGAAUAGCAGAAGGUUGGGGAUGGGAGAGUCCUGGAAAAGUCUCUUGCGAGCUCUUACAUUUGCUCUGCCACCCCAUUACAUAGAGGUGGGGGCCCGGUAGCUACUGCUAUGGUACUUGCCAGCUUGGUCACAGAGGAUCGGACCCCUGUAUAACCUGACCCAACUGAGCCAGAAAGAUAUCCCUAGAAUUAUUUAUGUGGUCAGUAAGGCCAGACUGAAAUCAUGGAGCAUGACGACAAUUAUGGCAGCGCUCUGGAAUAAAGGAUCUCUGUACUUCUGCUA